AGAUUAAUUUUUGGUUGUUGAGACGUAUUCAUUGGAAGAUUGUUGCACAAACGCACUGAUUGGUUUGCAAAUUUGUAAAGAGCUGUCGUUACAAGAAUUGACCCAAAAAGAGAACGUAAACAGUUGAAAACAGUGUAGAAAGCCAGACAAGACAAGAGAUGGCAGUGGCGGUCGAGCAGUACGACUACUUGUUCAAGUUCCUUGUUAUAGGUAGUGCAGGUGUGGGGAAGUCAUGUCUGCUGCACCAGUUCAUAGAGAACAAAUUCAAGGAGGAGUCCAGUCACACUAUCGGAGUCGAGUUCGGAUCCAAGGUCAUCAACGUCUCUAACAAGAGUCUCAAGCUGCAGAUAUGGGACACUGCAGGACAAGAAAGAUUCAGAUCUGUCACCCGCAGCUACUACAGAGGGGCCGCUGGAGCACUUCUAGUGUAUGACAUCGCAUCCAGAGAGACAUUCAAUGCACUUCAGACGUGGCUGUCUGAUGCCAGGACUCUGGCAAGUCCCAACAUUGUCGUGCUUCUGGUUGGCAACAAGAAAGACCUGGAGGUCGAAAGGGAAGUGACGUUUCUGGAGGCGAGUCGUUUCGCCCAGGAGAACGACUUGAUGUUCGUGGAGACGAGUGCUCUGUCGGGUGAGAAUGUGGAGGAGGCGUUCCUCAAGUGUGCUCGCACCAUCCUCUCCAAAAUUGAGACGAACGAACUCGACCCCGACAAGGUGGGAUCUGGUAUCCAAUAUGGGGACUCUGCACUCAGAAGGGCCCACAGGAAUGCAGUUCCCCAGCCGAACAGGCCCUCGGCCGCCGACUCCUGCUGCAGAGGCUUCUAAGCACAGUUCCAUAUCAUAUUGCAAGAACCAUCACGAUCCGGAAGAGCUGUACAACUAACUGCGUGAGAUAGCUAUUGUUACACGAUCACUAUAGACUUUAUAAAUCUUUAUCGAAGCUUUUUUUUUUUCAGUACGUUCGCUUGAACUUGUUUUGCAUUUGGAUGCGAUGGAAUUAUAUGCUAAAGCUGUACAUCGUGAUGAAGUUAUAAAUGUCUUUACCUUGUCUUGUAUCACGCCGUCAUGCAAUGAAUCAGAUCAAUGAACUGUUAUGCAUCAAAAACUAUGGUUGGAUCUACUUUACAAUUCCGUCGACGUAAGACGUAAACACCCCCCCCCCCCCACCUCUGUCUGCGCACCAGAGGGAGGAGACUACCAGUCAUUCGUAAAAAUCAUAGUUUAAUGCGUAGAAAGGAGUAUUUUCAUUUAAACAGGAGUUUCGGCAAAUCAUUUUUACUGCUAAUAAAUGGGAUUCAAUUAUAACCGCUCGAAACUAAAAGAGCAGAAGAGCAGUGAUUGUAAAGUGGAUAAAACUUACUGUGAAAUGAUUUCGACGAUGAACUUACGAACCUCAGAUCAAAUUCCAAUUUCAAAUCAAAUGCAGUUUGAAGAUAUAAAUAGAUACAUAGACUCAAAUGAGCCUAUCUCCAUUAUUUGCAAUUCGUCAGCUGAUUAUUUCGUAGCCGAGUUUUGAAAUUGGGAAUUUGCGUUAAAAUUUGGCGACUCUUAGAGUUGGAGAUGAACAGGAUAUAAUAUUGAUGUAGAAUUUAGAUUACAUCUGCAGAAUUUGGAAUUCAAUUGUAACAAUAAGUGUAAUUUUCAUAUUAGAAAUAUAUUGCCUAUCAUGCAUUGAUUUUGUCGGCUUUGCAUCUUUUUUGUUCUAUUCUCAAUAUCAUGAAAAAGCUGACAAAUAGAAUGUUGCAAUUAAUGUUUACUCUAAUUUGGGUUCGAAUUUUAUUAUUGAUUUUUUUUGCUGAGUUCAAAAUGCCUGUAAAUUUUUGUAUAUACUUUCCUGUUGCUAUUAAAGUACUAUUUCAUCCACCUCGUUUAUUUAAUUUAAGGAUUAGAGUUCUUGUUU